AUGCGUUUCAUCACUCUCGGCGGUCUUACCGCAGCGGCCUUGAGCCAGUGCGCAGCAGCCACAACCCUGUACGACUACAUUGUCGUUGGCGGCGGUCCUUCUGGCAUCAUCGCGGCCGAGCGGCUGGCUGAGACCAACAAGAAGGUGCUCCUGCUAGAGCGUGGCCAUGGCUCGACCAGCGGGACGGGCUCGUCGUUCUCUCUCGAGUGGAACAACUCGCUGACGCCUAUCGACGUGCCCGGGCUCUCGGGUGGACUCUCCAGCCAGACCGGCCUGUGGUCUGACUACCUGUGCAACGACACGUCCGGCCUCUACGCGGCCUGCGUUCUGGGUGGCGGCGUCAGCGUCAACUACAUGGUGUUUGUGCAUCCGCCGGCACGUGACUUUGACGACAAGUGGCCUACUGGCUGGAAGUGGUCGGACGUGGAGCCGGCAGCCAACCGGCUCUAUGCACGGAACCCUGGCUCGUCGGCACCCUCAGCCGAUGGCCAGCGCUACGACCAGGGCCUCUACACGACGCUCUCAUCCUUCUUCGCCAAGCUCGGCUGGUCCGCGGUCGACAUGAUCUCCCAGCCUGACGCCAAGCACGAGGUCUACAGCCACCCGUCCUGGAACAUCAAGAACGCCAUGCGUGCCGGCCCUGUCCGCACAUACCUGCCGCUUGCCCAGGCCCGCGCCAACUUCAGCCUGCGUCUGCGUGCCAAGGUCAACCGCCUCGUGCGCGAUAGCAGCACCGGCUCCCGUGUCACCGGCGUCCUCGUCGAGAACGUCGACACUGGCGCCCUCGAGACCGUCCGGCUCGCCUCCAACGGCGCCGUCGUCCUGGCUGCCGGUGCCCUCCACACGCCCCAGCUGCUCUUCAACUCUGGCAUCGGCCCUGCUGCCCAGAUCGACAUCGCCAACACGUCUGGCGCUGCCGUCCCGCCCAAGAGCCAGUGGAUCGACCUGCCGGUUGGCAAGAGCCUCAAGGACCACCCCAUUUUCUACAUCACCGUCAACACGUCUUCGGGCGUGAACUCGUCGGCGUACGACCUGGUCGACGCCACCGACGUCUUCAGCGGCACCGACGUCACCAACAUCGACCUCUACGAGUCCAAGGCUCAGGGUGUCCUCACUCAAGGCCGUCAUCGCCUCGUCUUCUUCUCGUCCAACGUCGGCAGCGACGGCGUCACCCGCUACUACCAGGGCUCGUGCGCCGCUUCCGGCCCGGACACCGUCACCAUGACCACAUACCUCACCCACGGUGCCACCUCCACCGGUGUGCUCGAGAUGAACACCGACGGCAGCGUCCACUUCUCUACGCCCCCCUACCUCCAGACCGCUGCCGAUCGUGCGGCCGCUACGUCCUUUGUCGAGGGCCUGCUUAGCUCCCUUGGAGAUGCCUCCACCGGCUUCUCCCUCGUGACCGACAACGUCACCUCCAUUAUCGAGAACUACGGCACUGGCAUCCACUAUGCCGGCACUGCCAAGAUCGGCACUGACGACGGUCGCAAUGGCGGCAGCGCCGUCGUCGACACCAACACCAAGGUCUAUGGCACCGACAACCUCUACAUUGUCGACGGCAGCAUCCACCCCGACCUGGCUAGCGGCAACAAUCAGGCCACCAUCAUGGUCGUUGCUGAGGCUGCUGUUGCCAAGAUCCUGGCUUGCCACCGCUAG